UUGAUUCCCGCGAGAUUCCCGCAACUUCGUGGUUCAAUAUACGAUAUACUGAUCGACACUCUUGUGUUUUCAUGUUUAUUUCCUCGUCAUAUUUCCUAUUGAUAGAUACUUCGGGCAUCUACAUGGCGUAAAAGGAAUGGAAUAUCUUUCUAGUGAAUCUUUUGGGCAAUGAUAUGUUCACUCAUAUGGCAAAGCGACUUCCGGGUCCAUUAACGUGAAUGGGUUCCCUGUGGUAAAGUCGUUAAGCAAAAGCGGGAAGGCACGUCAAGAUCAAGUAUUCACUGUUGUUACUCAUUCAUUCAUCUUCGUUCAUGGCGUCCACCAAAUGUUAUGGAGGGGCCAGAACAUCCCGUGUUCUUGUUUUAUACACUGGAGGCACAAUAGGGAUGGAGAAGACAGAAGCAGGGUAUCAGCCAAAGGUUGGGUUCUUGCAGAAGCAAAUCAAGCGCCUGCCAAUGCUUUAUGAUGAAGAAUACUCCAAAAAGAACUCAUCCAUUGAGACAACUAUUGACCCUCAAGAAGAAGAUCAGGGCAGCUCAAACAGCAGCGCUCUCGAGGAACUAGCAAUGCCGAUAUCUCAACAUGGAGUAAGGAUCAUAUACUUCAUAAAGGAAUAUGUACCUAUUAAGGACUCUUCUAAUUUGACGAUUGAGGACUGGGUAACAAUAUCUCUGGAUAUUAAACAGCAUUAUGCAGAUUACGAAGGCAUUGUUGUCAUUCAUGGGACAGACACUAUGGCAUAUACAGCAUCAGCGCUGUCAUUCAUGCUGGAAAACUUGGGCAAAACUGUCAUAUUAACAGGAUCACAGGUUCCUAUUUAUGAACAGAGAAAUGAUGGACGUGAUAAUCUUCUUGGUGCACUCAUGUUCGCAGGUCACUAUGUUAUACCAGAGGUUUGUGUUUUUUUCAAUGGCAAAUUAUACAGAGGAAACAGAACAACCAAAGUGAAUGCUGACAGCUUCAGUGCAUUCAACUCUCCAAAUCUCCCGCCAUUGGCAACUAUGACAGUCAAAAUUGAAGUUCAAUGGGAUGCCAUCUUCAGAUGCAAUAAUAACACUAGAUUCUGUGUUCACACCCAGAUGAAUCCUAAUGUUGGGCUAUUGAGGCUGUUUCCUGGCAUCACGGCAUAUACUGUAAAAGCAUUUCUUCAAGAACCAAUGCAAGGAGUUGUUUUACAAACCUAUGGUGCAGGGAAUGCCCCUAAUAAUCGUGACGACCUCAUUACCGAGAUCAAGAAAGCCUCUGAAAGAGGUGUCAUUAUUGUUAACUGUACCCAAUGUAUCCAUGGAUCUGUUGCAGAUGCUUAUGCAACUGGAAGGACAUUAUUGGAAGCUGGUGUUAUUCCUGGAUCUGACAUGACGCCAGAGGCUGCUUUGACUAAGCUUUCUUAUGUUCUCGGCAAAGAGCACAUGACGAACAAAGAAAGAAGAGAGCUCGUGAAACAUAACUUACGUGGUGAGCUGACUGUAGCUCAGUCACAGGAACAUUUUUCACUGAAGGACAGUGAGUUUAUUGAAGCUGUUGCUGUUUCAUUGCAUGUUGGAUCUAGUGAGGAAAUGAAGUACAUCAGGAAAGCUCUUCUACCAGUCUUAAUGUGUUCCGCAGCCAGCUCUGGUAAUGUUCCUACCCUUAAAAAACUACUGGAACAGGGUGCCGAUCCAAAUGGAACAGUAAACUAUGAUGGCAGACGGCCUCUCCAUAUUGCAUGUCUUAAUGGCAACCUUGAGGUAGUAAAUUUUCUGCUGUCCCAAGGUGCAUUUGUUCAUGUGCAGGACAUGUUCAAUAAUAGCCCUCUUGACGACACUAUUAAAUUCAGGCAUAAAGAAGUGGUGAAAAGACUCAUUGAAGCUGGAGCUAUUCUUAACAAACAACAAUCACAAGUUGCUGCUGAAGUUUGCUGUCUUGCUGCUAAGAACAGAGUGGAUGAUUUGUAUCUGUGGUUACUGGCAGGGGCUGAUUUAAAUGUUAGUGACUAUGAUGGCAGAACACCAUUGCAUGUGGCUGUGUGUCGCAACAACAUCGAGACAAUCAAGUUUUUGCUGAAGAAUGGAGUAGACCGUACCCUCAAAGACAUCUUUGGGCACACACCAUUGGAUAAUGCAACUACUUAUGGACUGGACAAGGUUGCGCAGCUAUUGGAUGAAUGCACUGGCAUUCGGAUAUAUUACGAUAGAUUUUCGAGCCAAAAAAUCGAAGUUUACCGUGGAAUUUGGAAGAGAAUAAUUAAUAUAUUCAAUGCAAGAUAUUUUAAUUUAAAUUUAAAGACAAUGAGUGGAAGUCAGGACAAUUAUCCUGCGAUACAAAAACAGAUGGAAAAAAUCGGGAUCGGAGAAAACACUUCAAAUCCACCCGCAAGUGAGUUUAAGACUGAUGUCACAAAAGUACCUCACGCUACCCCUACUGGGGACACACCAGACUCCAAAACAACUUCUGCUGGUGGUCGUGUCAAAGAUCCUUUGAAAAGACAGUUUUCUAGGAAACUUCUACGACAUGUGUCUUUUAGUGGGGAGCUACCUAAGGACGCGAAGCCUCAGUUGAAGUCUAGUGGGAGAAUGGGAUCAAUUUCUGGGGACCUCGAUGAGGGCACUUCUAGAACCCUUGUCAGAAGGGUGAACGUUCUUCUGUUAUAUACUGGAGGUGCUCUGGGAUGGAAGUUAAUUCCAGGAGGUUUCCGAGUGGAGAAGAAUUUAGUGUUAAAUGAGUUGAGGAAGCUGCCGAUGAUGCAUGAUGCUGAUUAUGUCAACAAGAUUGAAGAAAACCUGAUGGAUGAUUUACCAGAGGAAGAGAUUAGAGAGGACCAGAUAAUAAUGCCUGUCUCAAAAUAUAGUGUUCGUACAUUUAUCGACGUCAAAGAAAUGACAGACGACAUGGUUGGACAUUCCCAAGACAUGGACAUGAAUGGAUGGAUUCAUAUUGCCUUAAAAAUCAAGGAAAACUAUGACAAAUACCAUGGGUUUGUGAUUCUCCACGGCACAGACACUCUCUGCUACACGGCUUCUGCUUUAUCCUUCAUGUUUGAGAACCUUGGAAAAUCUGUCGUCGUCACUGGAUCUUUGAGCCCAAUUAAUGAGCAUCUUAAUGACGGCAGAGAUAAUAUCCUUGGUGCAGUAAUGCUUGCUGGGCAUCAUGUUAUACCAGAAGUGUCUGUUUACUUUCAUGGCAAGCUUUACCGCGGCAACAGAUGUCUAAAAGUGGAUGCCAGAAGUUUUGGAGCUUUUGACUCUCCAAAUUUCCCACCAAUAGCAGCAGUUCAAUCAGGAUUAAAAGUUGAGUGGGACGAGGUGUUCAGGUGUAACCUAAGCAGUCGUUUCACUGUUAGGACAAAUCUUGUACAACAUGUCGGAGUAUUAAGACUUUUUCCUGGAAUAACCAAUGCUACUGUGCGGACCUUUCUUCAGCCUCCUAUACAAGGUGUUGUCCUAGAGACCUACGGCAGUGGUAAUGGACCAGAUUCGAGGCAGGACCUGAUGGAUGAAUUAAGAACUGCAUCAUCACGUGGUGUAAUCUUUAUUAACUGUACUCAAUGUCUGUAUGGUAGUGUGGUUGAUUCGUAUACUACCGGGAAGGCUCUUCUUGAUACAGGGGUGAUUCCUGGUGCUGACAUGACAGUCGAGGCAGCUCUUACGAAACUCUCCUAUGUACUUGGACUCGACAUCUCAAUAGAGGAGAAAAAACAGUUAAUGAGAACGAACCUUCGAGGUGAACUGACUGAGUACAGAAACCAAGAUAAAGAACAGUUUUCCUUAAGAGAUAAUGAACUCAUUGGACUUGUGGCGUCUAAUCUAAAAGUCGCAUCUUGUGAGGAGGUCAGGUAUAUCAAGCAAGCGUUAUUUCCAGUGCUGAUGUGUUCUGCUGCAGCGUCUGGUGAUGUCAGUGCUAUCGAAGAUCUUUGUAAGCAGGCUGGCAGCAGUCCAAAUUGUGCCACAGACCAUGAUGGCCGCACCCCUCUACACAUUGCAUGCACUGAAGGCCAUGUUGACGUAGUUAGAUACUUAUUACUACGCAGUGCCUCGCCUCAUGUUCAAGACAAGUACGGCCAAAGACCAGUGGAUGACGCGAUAAGACAAGAACACGCAGAGAUCAUCGAGUUACUGAUAGACAGUGGAGCACAUGUAGGUUGUACAACUAUGGAUAUGGCUCGUGGGCUGUGUGCACUGGCAGCCGGGAAUAAGGUCUCUAAGCUGAGGGCCUGGCUCCUAGCUGGUGCGGAUGUUAAUGUUGGAGACUACGAUGGGAGAACUCCAUUACAUGUGGCAGUGUGUAGAGGUAAAGUUGAGGCUGUUGAGUUUCUACUUGAAAGCGGAGCAGAUACGAAUAUAACAGAUGUGUAUGGACAAUCAGCUUUGGAUAAUGCAGAAUUAAUGCGAAAUGAAGAAAUCCUCCAUCUGUUGAAGAGUGACUCCCCUUCCAGACAUAAUACUGACACGUAGUCUCAUGUAAAUACUUUCCCCACUCCUUCCCUUCUUGGAAAAAAUUGGAAAGGUGGCACCAAAUCUUUUCCGAGAUAGCAAACAUGGUGCAUUGUGGUCUAGCUUGGGUACAAAUAUCUUUUUCCCUUAUAUGGUGUUACCUGAAUCCAAGCUAGACCAGAAUGCAUCAUAUUUGUCAAACUCAGAAACAGUCUGAGAAUGCCCUCCAAAAAUGCCCUUAAACUAUUUCUAUCAAAUGAUAAAAUUGUUUGACUCGUAAUGAUAAAAUCACACUACAAUUUUAUUUUCUUAUAGAAUGGAAACAUACUAGUACUUUUUACAUACACCUUUUUCAAUAUAAAACGUGGUCAUCGACAAAGCUGAUAAACAAAAAGCAAAAGGAAAUAAGUUAUUCGAAGAUCCAAGAACAGCUGGAAUGACCUGUGUUUCUGCUUCUUAUUCUCGUCAAAAACAUGGACCUUUGUGUUGAGACUGAUUCAAUGUUCUUUUUCGCCUAUAGUUUUCAGCAAUGAUAACAUUUUUUGAAAUAGGUGUAUAAUACUGUUCUAGUAUCAAUCAUUGAUUACAACACACUAUUCAAUAACCAUGUUUUAUCUUUAUAACUAAUUUAAUUAUAUAUUAAAAAAAUAGGUGGAAGUUUGAAAAAUCAAAAAAAUGUAUAGUAUUGUUAAUAGUAUUGUUCAUAAAAUUAUUUUAUUUAGAUAAACAGUCAUUAACCAUUAAGUUGUAGAGUACAAACACUAAAAGUGUGCAACACUUUGCACUAUUUAGUAGCAAAUAGUGCUAAUUAAACAAUAGGAUUAGCAUAAUUUAGCAGUAUUUAGUGGUAUUUAUGUUGCACACUUAUAGUGUUUGUACUAUAAUUCUGUAUUUUAUUAGUGGCAAAAAAAGCUUGAUUUAAUUCUGAUGCUGAAAAUUAUUAAAUUAUCAUUUUUAAUUUGCACUCAAACCUGGGAUACAAAGUUAAAAGAGGAAAACUUCAUGGUUAUUUUACAGCGAAACUGCCAAUUAUUAUCAUGAAAUGGGAGAUUUAUUCAGCAUGUCACUGAAAGUACGGGAACCAGUUAAAAAAUUCUCCGAUGGGAAUUGAGCACAUCGCCUUGUGUUAAUUCUAGAUGGAUGCUCUAUUAUCACAGAGAGUUAUUCUACACCUUGACACAAAUUAUCAGAGCAAUAUUCUACAUCUUGACAAAGAUUAUCACAAAGCAUUAUUCUAUUACUUGAUACAAAUGAUCACAGAGCAUUAGAAAGAAGACAUUUAACUGGUGAAAUAAGAAAUACUAGUAGACAAAGGGAAAAAAUGGAAUUAGAGUCUACCAAUGGGUAUUAGGCCUAGGGCAAACGUCGAAGAUGCACUGAACUUAAUUGCAUCAAAGAAUGCUGCCUCAUUAUCACCUGAUAUCCAUUGUUUUUAAUGAAUUCGGUGCAUGGAAAGUUCGACGUUUGCCCUAGGCCUUAGUGUAAUAACAGGUUCGAUGACUUCACUCUAUUUUACAUUUUGACAAAAAUAAUAAAAUGUGAAAAAAAUUCAAAGGAGCGAAAUGGAAAUUGGGAAUAAUUUCUACCGUAUUAAGUGAUUUUAUUUGAAAUGUACAACUAGGUAAAAUGUGUUUAAAUAAUUAUUGUAAUGUACAACUAGUGCAAUGAAUUACAAUGACCUGAAUCCCAUUAUACCAUAAGAGAAGAGAGAUCAUAAACCCAAUCCUCUAGAGGAUAAUGUUCAGGCAUGCCAUUCCUUUGAGUAUGAAAUCCUGUUACUGACAAACAAAGUAAUACUCAAGGGAAUGACACAUGAUCUGAAAAGGCAAAACACUAGAUUCAUUUGAUUUCAUAGAGGAUAUUAUGGCCUCUGUACCUGGUCUUUGUUUUGUGCCAUUGAUGAAUGAUAAUGUAUUAUUUCAUUUUGAUUUCAGCUUUCGGGAGUAUUUAAGUUGUAGGAUAUCACCAACUUCAUCAAUUGCUUCCAAUGCCUAUAAUAAUCAUAAAUAAGUCAUUAAAAAUUAAAUGAAGGGAA